AUGCCACAAAUAGCUAAGCCUAUGCCACAAAUAGCUAUGCCACAAAAAGCUAAGCCUAUGCCACAAAAAGCUAAGCCUAUGCCACAAAAAGCUAAGCCUAUGCCACAAAUAGCUAAGCCUAUGCCACAAAAAGCUAAGCCUAUGCCACAAAAAGCUAAGCCUAUGCCACAAAUAGCUAAGCCUAUGCCACAAAUAGCUAAGCCUAUGCCACAAAUAGCUAAGCCCAUGCCACAAAUAGCUAAGCCUAUGCCACAAAUAGCUAAGCCUAUGCCACAAAUAGCUAAGCCUAUGCCACAAAUAGCUAUGCCACAAAAAGCUAAGCCUAUGCCAUAA